AUGUCACCAUCGUCUUCGUCAACUUCAAACUGGGAUUUCACUCCGGUGAUUAACCUCCUUCGGUCUUCCCCAUGCCAAAGUGGGGACCAUCCGGUUCUCGAUCAUCGCCUGCGUUCCUCCACCGGUCGAUCUGGAUCCCACCCUUCGAACACGGAUGACGUCAAAACUCCGAGUAUCCAGGCUGGUUCCUUAAAACAUGCGAACAGUUAUAGUAAUAUCCCGAGGCUGGGGGAUUUCGGCGCUCUCUGGGAGCUUUUGGGUAGCACCAGCUCUUCCCCCACCCCAGUAGACCAUCGGUCUCAUCGGGAGGAGAUCCAGACUCCGCCAUCGAUCUUAGCCCCCCAUCCAACGAAGCCAAUUGUCAUAUUCAAACGACCGCCUACCACAACCUCCGAUGUUGAGCAAUGCGGAGCAACAUCCCAACCCUCUCCAAAACACAUACCCCUUCUAACCUGUACGGAGCCUUGCGAUGAUUUCUUGCAGGAGAAAAUCGUCAUUGAGCCCAGGACGCCUCGUCGAAAUGACCACACGCGUACUGGGCCCCGGCACGAACGUAGCUCUUCUGAGAGCAAUGCCGGAGGGGAAUCUGAUGGCGCUGUCAGCGUUUUCGACCGCCCUUUCGUGAAGAAGCAGCGCGGUGCCCGUCCCAUGGUCCCCCCGCAGAUCGGGAUUGCUGAGGCUAUACCAGAAGCCUUUGAAACCCCCCCUUCCUCUUUUGAUGAACUCGAUGAGUUCUUGACGCCUAACGGUGUCAAGUACAUGCCCAGCACUGGCACAAUCCGUGUGCAGCCAUUAGCAUAUAAGUCGGCAGCAGACCGACGUGUUGGCCUCUUAACCAAACUCUUGAAUACCUUUCCGGACUAUGCAGAUCUAAUCGUUCAAGCCGGACGGUCGGGCAAGUCUAAGGAAGACACGGUCUCGACCCGUCCUAUCCAUGUCUUCGUCGACAUGUCGAAUAUUAUGGUAGGGUUUCAUGAUACGAUGAAAAUCUCACGGAACAUACCUAUCAAGACACGAAUUCGACGCUUACCCCUCUCGUUUCAAAGUUUCUCGUUGAUUUUGGAACGUGGCCGUCCUACGGCUAAACGAAUACUUGUCGGGUCAGACCGAUUUGCCGCAAUCAGCGAAGGCAAAUUGCUCGGCUACGAGGCGAAUAUCCUCGACCGAGUGCAGAAGGUCAAACAACCCACGUCUCGUCAGCUGAAGUACCGUAAGAAUCCACGAGUAGGCUCGCACGAGGCAGGCCAUGGUUCUGAAACGAACGAUGCGCCCGAAGAGCGAUGGGUCGAGCAAGGUGUCGACGAAAUUCUACACCUAAAGAUCUUAGAAAGCCUGUUGGAUACGGACAAGCCGGCGACGAUUGUGCUGGCCACGGGAGACGCCGCGGAAGCGGAGUUUUCUGGUGGGUUUAUGAAGAUGGUCGAACGUGCCCUCCAGCGUGGAUGGAGAGUGGAACUAAUUAGCUUCUCCCAAGUGACAAGCUAUGCCAUGACGACAUUUACAACGCAAGACCUCUACGGAGGCGCCAUAAAGGGCAUAAUCCCCGAAGGAUGGCUGGACGCCAGCGACCUCCGACAAAUCCCAGACCACCAAGAAAUCUUCCUGUCGCCGACCACGCUGUCCCACGUCAUAAUCGAAGUCAACGAGCGCGUGGCGCAGGAAACCGCGCUCGCCGGCGUCCGCACCCGCCUGCAGGACCUGACCGACUUCCUGGGCGCAAACCCCGAAGCCACGCCCGAGACCAUCGACAAGGCCGCGGCGCUCUACCACAUCAACGAUAUCCGGGAGAACGGCGAGGCGGAUCACCUGCGGAUUGUGCUGGCUCCGCACCGCGUGGCGAUGGCGCGGUUCCCGGCGGCGAUGCGGGUGCGUGCGUACAAGGGGGUGGUGGCGCUGAGUUCGUCCGAGCGGGCGAGGGGAGGGGGCGUGGUGCAGAGGGUUUCGGCGUCGAUUGGCGGGGCGGCGGCCGGGUCGAGUGCGGAUGGUGCCUUGGGGUCGACGGUUAGUUGUCAUUAUCUGCUUGUGAGGUUGGAGGAGCAGGAUACCGAUGUGCUUGUUUUGGUCAAUGUGCCGCAUAGGGAGUUUGAUGAGAAUGGGGAUCCCAGAGGGUUGUCGAGGGAGGAGGAGUUGGCGAGUGAGCUGGUGGAAGGGUUGGUGGAAAAGUUGCAUGUUGUGGAUUGGGGGUUGUUUGGAUGA